AACAAAGUUUGAAAUGUCAAUUUUGUUGAAGGUUGAAGGAAUGAUGGUCGUUACUUGUUUCAGAAUUUGUCAAAAUGCGGUAAUGAGGAAAUUAUGUUGUAAAUUCUCUCUGAAAUCUGAAGUUUCUUAUUUAAACGAAAUGGAUUAGCUUCCAAAAUAUGGGUGCGAAUAUUUCUCAGUUGGAAAGAGAUAUAGGUUCUGAACAAUUUCCUUCAAAUGAGCGUUACUUUGGUCUCGUAAAUUUUGGUAAUACAUGUUAUAGUAAUUCUGUUCUACAAGCCUUAUACUUUUGCAAACCAUUCAGAGAUAAAGUUCUUGAAUACAAAGCUAAGAACAAGAGAACUAAGGAAACUCUCCUUACAUGUUUAGCAGAUUUAUUUUACAGUAUUGCAACUCAUAAGAAGAAAGUGGGUUCUAUUGCCCCCAAAAAGUUUAUAGCUAGGCUAAGGAAGGAGAAAGAGGAAUUUGAUAAUUAUAUGCAACAAGAUGCACAUGAGUUCCUCAAUUUUUUAGUAAAUCAUAUUAGUGAGAUAAUUUUAGCUGAACGUCAACAAAAUUCUACUUCUAAUAAUAUUAAUAAAACAAAAGGUAUAGGUGAGAAUGGGACAAAUCAUUUACCACAAGAACCUACAUGGGUUCAUGAAAUAUUUCAGGGUAUUUUAACAAGUGAAACUAGAUGUCUGAACUGUGAGAAUGUAAGCAGCAUUGAUGAAGACUUUUUUGAUUUGCAAGUAGAUAUUGAACAAAAUACAAGUAUUACACACUGUCUACGAUGCUUCAGUAAUACAGAGACCUUGUGUAGUGAUAAUAAGUUCAAGUGUGACAACUGCAGUAGUUACCAAGAAGCCCAGAAAAGAAUGCGAGUUAAAAAAUUACCAAUGAUACUUGCUUUACAUCUCAAGAGGUUCAAAUAUAUGGAACAGUAUAACAGACAUAUUAAAGUAUCUCAUAGGGUAGUUUUUCCUUUAGAACUGCGACUCUUCAAUACAUCAGAUGAUGCUUUGAAUCCAGAUCGAUUGUAUGAUCUAGUGGCAGUUGUAAUACAUUGUGGUAGCGGACCCAACCGUGGCCACUACAUAAGUAUAGUGAAGAGUCACGGCUUCUGGUUGUUGUUUGAUGAUGAUCAAGUUGAUAAAAUCGACGCAUCAACUAUCGAAGAUUUUUAUGGCCUAACGUCGGAUACCCAAAAAUCAUCAGAAACAGGAUAUAUAUUAUUUUAUCAGUCAAGAGAGAGCUUAUGAAGCAUGUUCUGUGCCUUCCAGAGACUAGGAGCAAAGUACAGGAUCUCAUCAGUUCUAAAGAAAUCGCAAAAUAUGGAUAUGAACUUAACAAAAUAAGUGAUUUCCUAGUUUUGCAAAUGAAAAAUAAUUCUUGAUGAUUUCUUCCAAUUUUGUCUAUACUUUUUAUAUUCGAGGGGUAAUUCCAUUUAUGUUGAAUUUUUAGCCAAAUAAUUUUACUAUUUUUAAAAAGAAUAGGGAUUUAUGAAAUUUUCAUUCCAAUUACCAAUUUAAUAUAUAUCGAAUUUUUAAAAGCACAUUGUUUAACGAAAUGUACAUAUUUCAAAAUAUUAACUAUUGUUGCUCUUAUUAGGAAAGUGAAAUAUAAAAAUUUUUCAUUGUACAUCAUUCCUCAUAUUAUGAAGAAUACUUGCGAAAUUAUUUUUUUCAUUAUCUUAUUCUCCGAGAGGAUUAGCUAUCAGCUGUGUCAAAUUGUAUUUUGAUGGUAUUAAUUAUGUGCUUUUGAAAUUGGUCUAUCUAUUCUUUUUCAUCAACUUGUGAAUAGUCAUUCUGUUACAUUCUUGUAAAUAUUAGUCAGAAUAUUUAGUGAAUUUUACCGAAUUUCUGCAUACAAAGUAUUUGAGUAAAAGUUUAUUUGAAAACAGUUGAUUUAAUCAUGCUCAGAAUCAUUUUUGGGUUGAAAAAAGGUUAUUGAUCUUACAUAAAUUCUUCCUCCCAGUCGUUCAAAGAGCCUGUCAAAAUAUAUAUGAUUUUUUCUUGAAAUAUGUUGGAAAAAUUUUCUCUAAAUGUUUCUUAUUUUUGCAUUCGAAAUAGCAUUGGAUGAUGAAACAUUUCUUUGCAUUGUCUGUGAUAAGUUUUGAGGAAUUAUUAAUUUAUUUUAUGUGUGAGCAUGGAAAAAGUAAACAUCAGGUCAUUACGUGAAUUCUGUUCAAGGCAUUUGUCAUCAAUUUGUUAUUUUUUUUCCUUCAGAUGUCACAUAUAACACCCACUUAUUUUAAUUACAUUUUCCAGUAAGUUGCCUGAAUAAUAUCGAAUCAGUACCAUAUAAAUUUUUUAUAUGGAUUAUUAUAAAGAGAAAUUGCAAUAAAUAUAUGAGAUAUGGUUUAUGCCUUGUAUAUAAUGUACAUUGUUAUUUGUAUAUGUAAUGUAUUGUAAUAGAGCAGUAAAAUUCACUUUAUGAACAGUUUGUUACUUCUUUUCUCUAUAUAUAUAUAAUUUCGAAUACACGAGAGAGUUAUGAUUGGAUAUAUACUGCUAAGAUGAUUUUAUUUUUAUUGUGUAAAUAAAUGUUAGAUUUAAUAAAAAAGGAUAUAGA